CGAAAAUGGCGGGACCUCCGAAAAAGAGAAAAAUUGACAUUUCUUCACAUUUCAAGGAUAAUCUGGUUCAUAUUUUGCCCAAAAAGAUCCCAAACUGGCACUAUCAACUCUUGAUUAAAAAUAUGACAUCCAAGGGAGUACCCUUUGUACAAAACUACAGCCCUGAUGUUACCCACAUAGUAACUUCCUAUGACAAUGUGGAUCAAGUGAAGAAGGCUAUGAAUAUAACUGAGGAUGAAAUAACAUGCCACAUUGUUAAACUUGAAUGGUUGACACACAGUCUUGGAGAAGGAAAGCCAGUUGAAAUUACAAACCAGUAUAAACUACUUUCAGUUCCCAAAAAGAAUCAUGAACCUGAGGUUACUGACAGUAAUUAUAAACAGACAAAGUUGAAUUGUUUCCAAGUGGAUCCAUACUGUUGCCAAAGAAGGACCCCUCUUCAACACCAUAACAAACUUCUUACGGAUGCAUUUGAGAUUUUAGAGGAGAAUGCAGAAUACAUAGAAUCAUCUAAUGAUACUAAAGGUUAUUCUCGUAAUCUAGCAUACCGACGUGUAUUGGCUGUUCUACGCUCACUCCCUCAGGCUGUCACAUCUGUUAAACAAAUUAAAGAUGUAAAACAUAUUGGAGGACAUUCUCAAAAAAUUAUUCAGGAGCUGCUAGAAGAGAAGUGCUGUCUAGAAGUUGAGGAAAUAAAAAGGAGUGUCAGAUACAACAAAAUGAAGUUGUUCACUGGUGUUUUUGGAGCAGGUGUGUCAACUGCCAGGAGGUGGUAUGACACUGGAAUGACAUCACUGAAUGAUGUCAUACAACACAAUGAGGACAGAUCAACUGCUCAGAAAUAUGGUUUGGCAUUCUUUGAUGAUCUGAAUAUGCCAGUGUUGAAAGCAGAAGCUGAACAAGUGAAGUCAAUUGUGAAAAAUAUCACAGAGAGUAUUCUGCCUGGGGUGUCUGUAACAGUCACUGGAGGCUUCAGGAGGGGAAAAACUGUCGGACAUGAUAUAGAUCUAUUAAUAUCCCACCCAAAGGAAGGUGCAGAGAUCGGACUUUUGGGUAAAAUCUUGGAAAAAUUACAGCAACUGAAUCUCAUCCUUUACGGGUCACACAAUAAAUGUACAUACUCAGAACGGCAUUUUACUGAAGAACCACGGGAUCCACCAACUAACAGUCAAAUGGACCAUUUUGAAAAAUGGUUCGGAAUAAUAGGGCUUCCAAAAAUAUCAACCGAAAAAACUGUUCUAAUUGCCGAAAAUGAUGCUAGUGAUAAAUCGAUCAAAGAUUUAGUAGAUUUGUCAAAGUCAGAAAAAUCAUGGACAGCAAAACGAGUGGAUUUGAUCAUAGUGCCAUCUAGUCAAUAUUUUUAUGGCCUCGUUGGAUGGACCGGAAAUAAGAUGUUUAAUCGUGACCUUAGGCUGUAUGCACAGAAAGAGCUGAACAUGCGUCUUUCGAGCCAUGGACUCUAUGACUUAACUAAAGGGUGCUUACUAACUUCUAACAGUGAAGAAGAAGUCUUCAAAUAUCUCAAGCUGCCUGUUAUACCACCAGAGCUUAGGAAUUGUUGAUAAACUAUAUUCAUGUGCAAUACAAAGGCAUAACCAUAGUGUUUGGAUAAUGUGCAAAAUGAAACAUUGAUUGGAGAUAUUGUAUUAUCCCCAGAAUUUUUUUCUAAAGUUGGUGCUAGUUUUCAUAAUUCUUCUCAAAGCUUGCCAAAUAGUUUGCAGAUGGUGCAAGCC